GAUGAAGAGGUGCCAGCAGAUGUAGAUGAACCACCGGAUCAUCGUCUACACGAACAAGCUCAUCCAGACUUUCACAAAGCGAUUGUUCGCCCUCAAGCUGACCGCAAAGAAUCACUCCUCACGAAAGCAUUCCAGAAGGUCCCGGAAACUGAUGCUGUCCAUCACGAUAUUCGACUGACGACAGACCUCACUCGCCGCCGUUCGAUGAUGAGCAAUGCCAGCCUGGCAUCGACGGCAGAACUCACCAGCGAUGGUGGUUUGACUAGCCCAGCACGAACAAACACACCUAGUCCACCAAUCCCUAGGUCUACCUACACGAGCUUUGCUCCAUACUCUUUCAACUCGAAAUCUAUCCAGCCACCAACAACAUUGGUCGCCAAAGUGGAGCCCGUGGAACCUGCUCGACCGGAAAUUGUGAGCAUAUCACCGAAGGCUCAACCAGUCGGCGAGGCAGUGGUCAAGAAACGUUGCAUCACGUUCAUGUGCGAUGGAAAGAAGGGCAUGGCCAAACCAAAUCCAGCAGUCGCUGAACCGGCUCCCAUCGCAGAACAGAAGCCUGCUGAAGUUCCUCAACCACGGAGGUGCACCAUCAAGUUUGCUUGCCCAGGCCCAAAACCCGCCGACAAGACUAGCAAAGCAACCACUCCAGUUGUGACCGAAGCACCAAAGCCCGUUGAGACUCAGAAGCAGCGUAUCUCGACAAGAUCUCCAUCCAUUCCACGGAAAUCUCCACGGCCCGGAUUGUCUUCGUCGAGGUCCAGUCGUGAAUCUAGCGCUACUGCUCGACGUAGCUCUCCAGUUGCACUGCGCACAAAGCCAAAGUAUAUCAUCGCUGAUGAAAAGACUAUCCAGUCUUCCGAAGCCACCCGUUUCCACGAGUUUUGUAGUGAAGAGUUACAAGACGAUGAUUGGAUCCGCAAGGAUGCCGACAUUCCACGUGAGAACAAGCUGACCAUCAACGACACAUUGAAGAUGGAGAAUGCUAUUCGUCAACUUGGAAACGAAGCCGAGCAAGAGGCAUUGGAAGACGAGGACGAUGAUGACGAGGAUCAGUCUGGCAACGAUUCUGAUGAAAACGAUUUCGAGGAUGAAGAGGAUGAGGAGGAUGGAAUCGAAGAUGGCAUUGUUAGCUCUGAUGAAGGCUCUGACGGCAACGAGACCGACAACGAAGCUGGCUUUGCAGAGUCAGAUGACGAAAGCGAUGGGGAGGGCGAGUUCUCGUUCUGGACACCUGGACGCAAGUUUCAUCACCACGGACAAGCGAGUAUUUACCGAGCAUCUGCCCAUCGUACUGCAUCUACCUCGUCGAUCGAUUCUUUGACCCACAUGGAACCUCCUCCUCAGAAGAGACGGUCAAAAGCUGUACCAAUGACUCUUCGUCCUGGUACCCCAGAACUCCCUGAUAGUACCGACUUCGUCUGUGGAACCCUCGAUGAAGAUCGUCCCCUGGAAGACGCCUAUGUAUCUUGCAUCGCCGCUAAGAAUGCCGCAAAGCAUAAGCAAACUCCCCAGGAUAUCGAUCCCAGCUUUCCUACUUCUGAUAUCGAGGACGAGGAAGAUGAGGUCGAUGACAUCGAAGUCGCCAACGAUAGUGACGAGCACGUGUGGAUCCAUGGCAAGUUCGAGGAAUCUGACAACGAGAGACACGGGAGACGCCGCUCUACUACCGCUAUACGUCGCAAGUCCCCUGGCCAUUCUCCCAGAAGACUUCACUCGCCACCUCCACCAAAGCAAACACGCCAUCGCUCUCCGCCACCUCGCAAACUCUUCGGUCAUUCUCCAAGGCGCCUGAGAUCACCACCUCCACCACGACAUGUCCGUUCACCUCAAGCAUCACCUACGUCGAGCAGAGCUAUCCCUUUUGCAGUACUGGCCUCUCGACCGGGAUUGACUCAUACGAAGUCUCUCCCACGUACUCCAAAUGCCUUCUGCCGGCAGUACAAUGCUUCCCGCUUAAUUGCUGCCAAUGGCAACGGCAUGGAUGCUGGCGAAAACGAUGGACACAUUCGUGGGGCUAUCGAUAUUGUGAAGGGCCUCGAGCAGAAACGCCAACGACGCAAGGAGAAAUUUUAUCAGAAGCAAUGCAAUCGCAAAAACAAGAGCCACGGAGAACGCAAACCUCAACCAGGAAAGGGAGCCGAGCGUAUGAGAGAAUUGGGUCUCCUCAUGGCUGGCAAGACCGGUCCACAGGACCCAUACAUGCUGUCUGCUUAG